AUGGGCUCAGGGCCCCCCAGUGGCCUCGACUGCCUGCAGGGACCCUAUUUCCAAGCAAGGUCACGUCCACAGUACCCGUGGCCCCUGGUCUCCACCGAGGCCCGGCCGUCCAGCGCAGGGCCCUCCCGGCUGCCCGCGGCUCUCGGCCCGUAUCCAUCGGGCGCUCACUCUGGGUUCCCUCCGUCCUGUGGCCCCCCCGCUCCCCCGCCCAGCACCCCCUCAGAUGCCCCCAGGCCCGGUGUCCGCGCCCCACCUCCCUUGAACCCCGCGCCCCUCAGAUGGCCUCCAGAGGCAAUGUCGGGUGCCCCACAGCGGCCCGACGGCCCCUCCCCUGAAGCCCGCGCCCCUCAGAUGCCCCCGGCCCGUCCCGCGGCCCUCAGAUGCCCCCGGCCCGUGUGCGGUCCCCGUCGCCCGCCCGACGGCCCCUCCCCUGAAGCCCGCGGCCCUCAGAUGCCCCCGGCCCGUCCCGCGGCCCUCAGAUGCCCCCGGCCCGUGUGCGGUCCCCGUCGCCCGCCCGACGGCCCCUCCCCUGAAGCCCGCGCCCCUCAGAUGCCCCCGGCCCGUCCCGCGGCCCUCAGAUGCCCCCGGCCCGUGUGCGGUCCCCGUCGCCCGCCCGACGGCCCCUCCCCUGAAGCCCGCGGCCCUCAGAUGCCCCCGGCCCGUGUGCGGUCCCCGUCGCCCGCCCGACGGCCCCUCCCCUGA